AGGGGACACAGAUAGAAGCACACAUGCGCAUAUAGAGUAUGUAUUUCGAUUUUUAUAAUGUCUUGGUGGCGUAAUGCAGUUGUUUGAAUUGGAUGCUUUAAACGCCAUUUAAGUUUUGAGUAUUGGGUAUUGAGAGAGACAAAAGGGUGUAGGCCUACUUGUCUUUAAAGAAGCUAGACGUUUACUACAGCGGGGUCUGUGUGCGCAUGUGGGUUGCCGGAUAUGUCCCUUUUGACUAUCCCCCUGUCCCAUUAUUUUGGAAACUUAUUUUGAAGUUGAAUAGUUUUGCUGCUUUACUAUUUGUUGCGUUAGUUUGUCCACAACAACGCUUUCGAAGUCUGCCACAUAAUCUAUGGCGUUUUGGAAAUAAAAUGACGUUUUGGGUCGGGUUACUGUGAAAACGUGUGCUUCUUUGGGAAUAUUUUUGCAAUGUUUUCCAGGUUAAUGAAACAAUGUAGCCAACUAGUAGCUAGCGACUCUCAGUUGUGAGAGUUGCACAUUGACACGAAUGCGUCAGUUACACUUCAAUGCGACGGUGGUAACAAUAUACUUCAUAUUUAUUCUCAAUCUGCAACUGUCGCUUUCCUUUCGACCCAUCUCAUGUUGUUUCUCAACAAAUGAAACCGGGUAUGGAUUUAUUUUACCAUCCGCUACGUUGGAAGACACGGCUAGACAACAACACUGUGAGGGUGGUCAGGGUCUCUCAAGCUCUGGGUGUUUCUUGUCCCCUUUCUCUGAAGAACAAGAGGCUCUGGUCAGAGGAGUCCAACGUGAUACCAAUGAGGAUUCAUCGAUUGCGGUGAAUUUGCAAAAAUGUGAUGGAGAUACUUCAAGGGGACUCAUAUACGAGGACAUGGAACUUUCUGGAGAAGAAGAACCCAUUCCCUCAAUGGCUUCUUCUGGGCCAUGGGGACACUCGAUUUACAGUUCAUUAAGUUAUAUAUCAAACACCAUAAUACACAGAGGACAGAGAAGUACCCUCACCAGACACAGCCUUGGCCCUACCUUGCCUCAGGUUGAGAGUGUAAUAAACCCAUCAGCAUUUGGAGUCAAAUUUAGAAAAUGUGCUCAGGUUAUACUCGGUACAGACCCCCCCCAGCUGGCGAUCUACCUGCUGAUCCACAACCUGGACCAAGUAGGAGCCGGGGACCUGUCCCAGGUGGCCAUCCGGGACUCCAUCUCUGGGAUCAUACCCCUGAAGUCUGAAGGAAAAGUGGUGGAAACAGACUUCCAGACCUUUGCCUUGGACUCACUGCCUGCUGGAUCCCAGCAUUUUCUUAACUAUACUGCAAAGAUUAGAAAUCCGAAGAGUGAAGUGCUGUACCUGCCUGCUUUUCUCAGCUUCUCUAAUGCCUCUCAGAAUGAUGUUCAAAUGUUUGGACCACUAAGGACUAACUUAACCUUAAGAGUCAACAAUACAGACAGGAUUCAGCCCAGUCAUGGACUUCCUUUAGCUGGAUUUGUCUGUGGGUUCCUGGUGGCUCUGGUGAUGAUGUCCCUGGGCUUCCUAGCCAUGAACCUCGUCUGUGCCCGGACCAGAUUCAGUUUAAUACAUAAAAGGAAAAACAGGGAUGAGUCAGACCCAGAGUAUGCAGACUGGAGCAUGAGUGAAACCCUGAAGGAUGAAGCCGCAUUUGAAGACAAGAUGGUGGACAUCAUGGGUCUGGAAGACCCUCAGAAUAUGUAUCAAGCUCUGGAGAGCCUGGAGAUGUCGAGCCUGCUGCGCGCCACCACCCACCUGGAGUCCACCCGGGUCCAGGUGUACAAGGACCUGACGGUGUCCCUGCUGGGAGGCCUGGGCUCUCUGGGCGAGGCCAGCAGCCACACCCAGCAGAGGCUGCUCAACGUGCUCCACGGCCAGCUGCUGGGCAUGGAGGGCCGGCUGAAGGAGGAGCAGCUGGCCCGCAUGGCCACCCUGGCCGGCCAGUGCAACCAGGAGACCCGCGAGGAGAUGGAGGCUGAGCACCGCAGGGAGGCGGCCGAGAAGGCCAGCGCUGAGCUGCUGUGUCAGCAUGCAGACCCACAGGAGGUCCUCCGCUGCAGUGUCCUGCUGGAGAAGCUGCACAAGCUGACCCAGGGGGGGCUCCAGCGAGCCCUGCUGGUCCGACACGAGGAGGCGUCGGCCAGGGUGCAGCGACGGCUCACCGAGUGGCGGCGGGUGGAGCUCCACAAGAUCUUCUGUGAGGAGCUGGAGGAGGCCACGCGGAUGGGCGAGCUGGAGAAGGGCACGGCCAAGAGCCUGCAGCACGACUACUUUGCCUGCCAGGACCGACUGGAGGAAGUGCUGGACGUGGUGGUGGCCAACCAGCGCUACAUGCUGGCAGAGCGUCACGCUCAGAGGAGGUUCCUGGUCCACAGCCUCCACAGCCUCAAGAGCCUCAUCUCGGACACCUUCUCCAGCACCUCCAGCAACCUGGGCGGCUGGUUCAACCAAAUCAGGAGAGGGAGCACUCUGCCUGCAGAGCAGCUGGCCCAGCUCCAGGACAAGGCCCAGCAGGAGCUGCUCAUGGUCAGACAGAGGCUGGAAGACAAGCUGAACCAAGAGAGGAGAGCCAUGCACUCUGUGCUGAUCAAGAAAAGGAGGGAGCUCAUCUCCGAUAUGUGGCAGAUCCACAACCAGAGGCGGCGUGAGCUGUCAGACAUGUCCAAGGACGGUCUGGUGGGGAGGGCUGAGGUGGCCCAGCACAUGCUCUGCUGGCAGAACCUGCUGACCGCCCAGAGCCUGGAGCUGGCCGACCUCAUCAACAGCCUGGAUGAGGAGGCCGCCGCCGAAAUACGCAAGGUGACCAUGCGUGUGAUCCAGAGCUCCAUGGCGGAGGUGAAGGCCAUCCAGCCGUCCGUGGUCCAGGCCCUGCUCAACAUCUUGCCCCCGGGGGCCCAGAGCGCCUCCCUGCUCCAGAGGGACCCGGAGCUGGGCGCGGGGCAGGAGGCCAGCGCCCUCCACCAGGCCCAGGAGAAGCUGCACCAGGAGGGCCAGGCGGCGGUGCGCACCCUGCGCUGCACCCGGGAGGCCCUGCAGGAGGCCAUGGAGCGGGAGCUCCGAGAGCAGAAGGAGAGCCGCGCCCGCAGCCGCGCCUUCUUCAGGUGUCUGUGCUCGUGCCAGCUGACGCUGUCGGAGGACGACACGCUGAAGAUGAAGCUGGAGUUCCACAAGUGUCUGUCGGUGAUGGACCGGUGCCUGGUGCUGCCCCACGCCGGCCUCAGAGCCAAGCUCCACGCCGCCCUGGCCGCCUGGAGGAAGGAGGCGGAACUGCAGGCAGAGAACAUGCAUUCAGAGAGUAAGCCUCGGACCAAGGGGAAGGCGGCCCAACACAAAGCAGACCCAGGGGCUGCACUGCUGCUCCACCAGAGGAGGCUGGAGGAGAGGGUCCAAGUGUUCCAGAAGGAGAAGGGAAUGCAGGCGCGAGUCAUGGACAAGGUCCGAGAGGAGACGGAGAGGGAGAGACGGAGCGAGCUGCGCUCUCAGGCAGGCGACCUGGCGAGGCAGAUGGCCGCCAUCCACUACCACAAGGCGGAGAAGAGGACCAGGGUGCUGGAGACGUCCAGGGCCAUGCUCACCCUGCAGAGCCAGCUCACCCGCCAGCUCAGGGGGAGACGCGGACUGGAGCAAGGGGAAAUGGCCCAGAGUAUACACCACCACUGCUCGAGUCUGGAGGAGGCGGAGAAGCUUCUCCAGGAGGAGAGGGCCGGGCUGGGCUGCUUGGAAAGCGCCCAGCCCGGAGACAGGCCCGCCAGAAUCCCAGAGGACUCCCAGGGAGAAGAAGACGAGGACGACGAGGUGGAGGAGGAGGAGGAGGAUGAAAGUGACAGGAAGAGGCUGUUUGAGGUCCGGCGAGACUUCCGGAUGUCCAUCAUCCUCCAGGAGGCGCUGUGCAAGUGUGACAGCGUCUUCGCCACGCUGACCGAGAGGCUGCAGGAGGCGAGCGCCAGGGGCCAGGUCAUGGAGGAUUUGAAGGAGCAGCUGGAGCUCAAGAGAUUAUACGCACAAUGUGACCAGGAGCUGGAGUUUGCGUCUCGGCUGGUCAAGCAGAGCCAGGUGUCCACGGAGGUGCUGCUGGAGGCCCUGCGUCUGCUGCUGCCGACGCUGCCCGAGUCUGAGCUGCUCUCUGUGGUCGACGCCCUGUGCCGCCCCAAACACAGCCUGCCCUCGGCCUCCAUGGAGCAGGCCCGCCCAGGGUCUCCCAGGGAACCAGACCGAAGUCUUCUGGUCAAAUUAAGGGAAGCUAUGAGGUGUGCUGAGGGGACAAAUCUCCAUCUGGUCGGAGGCCGACUUCAAGUAAAAAGGCAAGAAAUCUGGGGAAAACUGUUCAAUCCCCCGGCACAACCCAGAGCCUCUAAACACCUUCCACCAAUGCUGGUGGAGGAGAACCGCCCGGAGGUGGCUGCUCUGGACCAAUCGUCUGUGGCUGAAAACACACCGUCACAGCAGCCUCCACUUUCUACACAAGCAGCAGGCCCAGAGUCGGAAGCCCUGUGCAGCUCCCCUCCUCCACCCAUCAACGCCACCCACGACCCCCCCAGUCCCACCCCCUCCACCGGGGAAAGGCUGUUUGUGUUUCGUGCUCCACCCGAGUCAUAUGACGCCGUGGAUUUUCCCAGAAGAAAGAAGAAGAGGAAUUUCCUGAACCUGAAGAAGGGCUCUGUGGCUCCUACCGUCCAACCCUGAGACAGAUAUGUCACCACAUGUCAGGUGUUUACGAUUCAAUGACGUAAUGCCCUCAUGCCCUGAUGACAUUCAUGCUGUUUGUCAAAAGGUUUUGAAAAUACUUUUUGUUUUUACUUAAAAUGUAUAUUUUAUAUUAUAUAUAAAUAUUAAAUUGUUAUUAAGUUGUA